GCAUUAUCCAGCUGGGAGAGGCCGCAGGAGCAGCGCUGGGAGGAGGGAGGAGGGCCGAAGCCGAGUGCCGCUGUCUGUCUCGCUCCCAAACCUCUCACUAGAGCAGAGACUCACCGGCUGACCCAGUCAUGGGCGCAGAGGACCGAAUGCAUGGACUUACACUGGAUUAAUCAACUCUACCUAUUUAUUUAUUUGCGUAUUUAUGGUUUUUCUACUAUUUUGAGCCCUGAAUGCGGACGUGGAGCACUAUGCACUCCAGAGUGAAGUCGCGGAGCUGCGACAAUUACCUGAGUAUAAAGGACUCUGAGUCGUUGGACCGCUGCAUUCAGAGCGUGUUAUCGUCUCUGUAUCCUCCGUUCAACGCGUCGGCAGCCACUGUCCUAUGGCAGCUCUUCAGCGUAGUGGAGAGACAAUACCGCGGUGACGGCCUGCGAUGCUUCAUUGACUUCCUGCUGCCUGCUAAAAGAAUCCUGCAGAUAAUAAAACAGGAGGCCUGUCUGCGAUUCAAAGGCCUGUUGUUGUACCACGAGGGAUGGCCACUGUGUUUGCAUGAGAAAGUGGUUCUGCAACUCGCACCCCUGCAUAAAGUACGUCUACGGCAGGGAGAUUUCUACCUGCAGGUGGUUCCCUUAGGCCGCAAGACUGCCAAACUGGUCAUAAAAUGCCUGUCAGGGAGCGGGCAAGCCAUCGCAGAGAUCCCUGUGGCCGAGAGCAUGUACGGCAACGUGUUCACACCCGACUUCCUGCAGAAUGUAACGCGUGAGCGCAACCUGCACCCUCUCCAGAACUGCCUCCUCAGUACCGGCGCCGUGGUUUACCGAACGCCCUGGAAGAACGUGGUCAAUCCUUUGUUCGUGACCAGCACCGCCGACGCGAUCAUGCAGGCACGGAGCGGCGGGACCCUGCGGGGUCAGCUCAGCACCUGUAGCACCCACGGAUCCACAGGAACGCUCAGUUCCCGAGACUCCCUGGGUGCUGAGUCCACCGUGUCGGAGCCAGUCCUCAGUCGCAGCCUUACAGAUAUGGGCAUCAGCUCCAUGCACUCGGAGAAUUCACCCUUGCAAAAGAGUCCCAACUCCCUUCCCCAGACGCCCACCUUGGGCAGCCCGGAUCAGGGAUGUAUUCGAGGCGGAAUCGGCCACAAAAUCCUCUCGUUCAGCACUGACCUUAGCAAUCCUGGGCUUCGCAAGCGGCAUCCCAGAGACUCUGCAACUUUCGAGUCACGCCGGCUUUUCCGCAAGUCCUACAUGGAGGCUUUGCAGAACCCCAUGAACCUUGGCUCGAGCUCUGAAUCAAUUCUAGAGGAAGGGACGGAGUCGGAGUCAGGAUCGCGUCGCGGAUCCGGCCCGAAGGAGCCGAUCCCACGGAGAAUCUGUGCCCGUGGAUGGUUGGGAGGAGAUGAAUCUCGCAACGAUUCUCCCGCCGUCCAUCCAUCCAAGAGUGCCGAGCUCAGUCCGGGCGAGAGACGCUCCAAAUCUCUUGAACGUACUAACAAGGCCUUGCAGGUUAAAGGCCACCGUGCACGGUCGUCCUCCGGUGGAUCCGGUAGCGGCCUUCCCAAGAAACUUAUGAACGGUUAUGCUUUUCGUUUUGGAAAGUUGGACUUGGAAGCAGCCUUUCCUGGCAUUGAGAAACGGAGCAGCAAAGAGAACUCAGGUCUCUCUGAUGACGGUUUGCACUCGAGCCCCAGGAGGAACAGUAACAGUGGAGACGAGUUUGUUCCUCCCAAACCCUCCAGCAGAACCGCGGUCUCUCCUGCCCCGUCCGCGGCGCCCCCUGCUGUCAGUCCCGCACCGCUGCCCUCGCUCAUCACACACGUCAACCAGGAGCUCCUGACCUCUGGCGCUCUGACGCUUCCUGGUAAUCAAGACCGCGGUGGGAGAGCCGUGCUGCAGGUGUGCACCAGGAACCAGGUGUGGACAGACGCGGGUUUCACCACAAACCAGAUCUCUGAGCUGCUCUGCUACUACUGCCACAGACUGCGGAGGGAGAAGCGAGAUCUGGGUUUGACGGUUCUCUUUGACGCUCGCAGGCAGCCGGUCGCGUCCACGCUCUUCUCCGCUCUGUCUGAGUUUCAGACUCUCGUACCCAAUGCACUUUACUCGGUUUUGAUUCUGGUGGACAGAGAUGCUGCAGUGAAAGUGGAGCGAGACGUCUCGGUUCCUUGUGAAAUCCUGACAUCUCUGAAAGCUCUACAGAAGCACAUCGACUCGUCGCAGCUCACCAGAGACUUUGACGGCACCUUCCCAUACGACCACAGCCACUACAUACACUUCAGACAGAAAAUCGAACCGUUUGCUGCGAGCUGCAGCGCUGCCAUCAGUUCCCUUCAGAGCUCCAUCGAGACGCUAAACAACAUCGGCAAUCUGGAAACAUCUGAGGAGGUGUCAGAGGUCAUCAGCCAACAAAAGAGUCUCAUGAAGAGCAUUCUGGACGACACCAAACUCAACCGCCUGCGGCUGGAGGGCGGCACCUUUCUGGCCCGCAUCAGGAAAGAGGAGAUGUGUGAAAACGAGAACUACAGGGCCGCUGUGGAUCUGGUCAGCGCACUGUAUAACCAGGUGGAUGAAGAAGUUCAUAAACUGGUUAUUUUGUCUAAUAAAUCACUGCAGCAGCUGGAGACGCUCCUGGAGCUGCGCGUCUUACAGGAGAGACACCAGGAGGUUAAAAGGUGGUUUUAUGUGGAAAGUGAGAAGCAUUUGGCUCCUCUGGACUCCUACAGUCUUUCUCUGAGCUCCAUUCGGGACAUGAGACAGAGUUUGGCCCAGUUCAUGGACGAGUCCACUGAGCAGCAGAAGAAAGCCGCAGCGUUACUGAGAGAGUCUAAAUCCGGUCCAGCCCUUCUGGAGGUCAAAGAGCACAUCAGCUCCGUCCUGCAGCGCAGUGAAACACGCAAGAACGAGCUGGACGUCCUGCUCAACCUCUACGAGUUCUACGAAUCGGCGAACCAGUGGAUGGUCCACUGUCAGGAGUAUUUCCAUCAGCUGAGGCUGGACGGUAACGCGGUCAGUUUGACGCCGGCCGUGCUGCAGGUCCUGGAGGAUUAUCACAGCGAGGCCACAAAGUUCUCUCUGGAAAACUUCAGCUCGCUCAAUCAGAUGGUGCUGAAGCUGAACAGCGAGCGGGAGCUGCAGCAGUGGAACAGCGUGUGGCAGCAGUGCCAGCAAACCAAGCAGCAGCUGGAGGAAAUGCUGGCCGAAGCCUCUGCCGCUAAUACUGCCGCCCCACCGACCGCUGGAGACUCCGCUUCCGAGCCCGUAUCCAACCCUGUGGAGACACAGAACGGCGUGGACUCGUCUGGUGUUGCGGCUCUGAGCUCUUCUUCACCGUCAUGUUUUGAAUAUGAAGAUGAAAAGCCCCAUUCAGCAGGUCCAUUUUCCAGAAGCCAGUUCCCGUUCCCCUUUCCCCCGGACGGCGGGCAGCUCUCUCUGUCUGCGUUUGACGACACCGACAGCGACUGCACCGUCGACUCGUCCGCCUCGUGCCACUCCGAACCCCUGCAUUCGCCCGCGACGCGACACCGCAAGCAGCCGCUCAAGAAGAUCAUGAAGAAGACGUUGAGCUACGAGCUGCCGGUACGGGACAAAGCUCACGUGGACGCGGCUCAUCGCGGCUACACCGGCAUCUACAUCAGAGGACUGGAGGUCACCAAUAACGUCUGCGUGGAGAAGAAGCUCCAGCGGCCCGACGUCAAGAGCCCGGUGCUCGGUCGCAGCCGCAGCAUGUCGUCCCCGUCACGCGUUCAGUGCAGACACAGCGACGGAGACGUCAAGAGACACAGCGGUAAAAUCCAGCACAUCAUGGACGAGAUGAUCUCCACCGAGAGAGAGUACGUGAGAUCCCUUAGUUACAUCAUCCAGCACUACUUCCCUGAGAUGGAGCGGCUCGACCUUCCUCAGGAUCUCAGAGGGAAGCGCAGCAUCAUUUUUGGGAAUCUGGAGAAGCUGUGCGACUUUCACAGCCAGUAUUUCCUGACCGAUCUGGAGAGCUGCGCUCAUUCACCGCUGUCCAUCAGCAGCUGCUUCCUCAAACACGAGGAACAGUUCGGGAUGUACGCCCUGUACAGCAAAAACAAGCCCCGCUCCGACGCCCUGCUGACGAGCCACGGAAACAGUUUUUUCAAGAACAAGCAGGUGGAGCUGGGCGAUAAGAUGGACCUGGCGUCGUACCUGCUGAAGCCCAUACAGAGGAUGAGUAAAUACGCUCUCCUCCUCAAGGAUCUGAUCAAGGAGUGCAGUCAGUCUCAGGAGCAGGAGCUCACUGACCUCAGAACAGCUGAGGAGAUGGUCAAGUUCCAGCUGCGCCACGGAAACGACCUGCUGGCCAUGGACGCGAUUCGUGGGUGUGAUGUCAAUCUGAAGGAGCAGGGUCAGCUUCGCUGUCAGGACGAGUUCAUCGUUUGGUGCGGACGCAAAAAAUACCUGCGUCACGUUUUCCUGUUUGAGGAUCUCAUCCUCUUCAGCAAGACCAAGAAGAUCGAAGGAGGAUACGACAUUUACAUCUACAAACAAUCCUUCAAGACGGCUGAGAUCGGGAUGACGGAGAAUGUGGGCGACAGCGGCUUGCGCUUUGAGAUCUGGUUUCGCCGGAGAAAAUCGCAGGACACCUUCAUCCUGCAGGCCAGUUCUGGAGAGGUGAAGAACGCCUGGACCGCCAUCAUCGGCAAGAUCCUGUGGAGACAAGCCUUACGAAACAGAGAGCUGCGGAUGCAGGAGAUGGUUUCAAUGGGAAUUGGAAACAAGCCGUUCAUGGAUAUCAAACCCAGCGACUCUGCCAUCAGCGAUCGAGCCGUCGACUACAUUAUGAAAGGGUCAGAGUCGCGGAUGCGGGCGUCCAUAGCGGUGUCCUCGUUCGACCACUCCACGCCGUUUAAGAGACCGCACUCCACCAUCUCCAACAGCAGCUCCUCAUCCUCCAGCAGCCAGUCGUCGUCCUCUCUUUUGGGCUCUCUGAACCUGCACCUCUACCCGUCCCACCCGUCUCACCCGCUGCCCGGUUGCCCGUCUCUGAGUCACUGGCCGUACGACUGCAUCGAGGAGGACGAGCUGGAACACGACUCCACCAUCCAGUCCUCCAUGAUGAGUGACGGCGCCGACAGCUCGUCUCAGUGCACCUCCAGUGACGGCGUGAGCGUCCAGCAUCAUCCCGCAUUAGUGAUGGAGAGCUACACCAGCGACGGAGGCUCGUAUGUGUCCACACCGUCCCCGUCUCCACCCAAAGUCACGUCCUCCAUCCUCUACCACAAAGAGCAGGAGCUGCAGGAUCAGAGCAGCAAGUUCAUCACAGCGAGCAAGACUUCAGGUCUGUUAGGCCUCUCGACUCUGGUCUGAAUCAAACGCUUCAGAUCACUGUGAAUGUGUAGAGACGGAGUGACGGGACAGCAGCGUUUGGACUGUGAACGCUGGACAGACGGAGAUCAAAUGCACUGAGACUUUUUCAUUUGACAGACUGAUAAUCGUCCAGAGCCGCUGAUCAAUGUGAAUUCUGACUGCAGUGCAAAAUAAAAGUCCUCGGCAGUGCUGGUACGUUACAGGACCGAGAUCAGCGACGUACAUGACUGCAGCUUUCGGUUUUUCUUUUUUACUUUCAUUGUGAGACUGCAGACACUUCACCACUCCACAUCUCACUCAGUAUUCAGGAUUGUAUAAAUAGUUGAAUGAUUUGAGUUCUGGCACUACUAAUAAAAUCCAGACUGGAUUAUUGAAAUUGUUAUUAAGGAUUGAGUCCAAUUUUUUACUAUGAAAAUAAAAAUAAAACAGUAAAUAAAAUCAAAUUGAAUUUUGUAAUUUAUUAAAAUGGUUCCCGACUCAAAUGCAUAAGUAACUUACAGAAAUAACGCUUUUUGAAUUACAUUAAUUCAAUAUAUAAAUGUGAAAAUAUGUACAGUGAAGAAAUAUCCAGCUUUACACCUAAUAAAAUACAAUAAACAAAU